AUGCGGUCAACCUCCGUCUUUUACGCCCUUCUCUCUCUUCUCAGCCUCGUGUCUGCCCAUACAGUCAUCACCUAUCCCGGCUGGAGAGGCGACAAUCUACACUCCAACGGCACCGCGGUGGACACCCACGGCUUGGGGACAUACGGCGACAAAGACCAAUAUCUUUUCCCGUAUGGAAUGCAGUGGAUGUAUCCCUGUGGAGGUAUGCCAACCUCAACGAAUCGUACCAAGUGGCCGGUAAAAGGCGGUGCGGUGGCAUUUCAACCUGGCUGGUUCCCUGGCCAUGGCACGGCAUUCAUCUACAUCAAUCUUGGUCUUGGGACGGUGCCGGCGAAUAUGUCGCUGGUGAUGGUGAAUGGCAUUCAGAUCAUCGGCCCGACCAAGGACCCUUACCCGGGCACGUUCUGCCUACCUCAAGUCCCUCUGCCGGCCAACAUUUCAGUCAAUGUCGGCGACAAUGCCACUAUCCAAUUGAUCGAGACUGCCGUGCAUGGAGCCGCUCUGUAUAAUUGUGUGGAUAUCACCUUUGCGGAUCCAGAGGACGUGCCAGAAGUCAACGCCAGCAAUUGCUUCAAUUCGAGUCAAAUCACAAGCGAUUUGAUCUUCACCACAACCUCGCUGAAGGAGGAUGAAUCGUCAUCAUCAGGCCUUGGAUUUGAAUCAAGUCGAUACGUCUAUCUCAGCACCGCUUUGGCCGUUCUUGCGGGAUUGAUGUGGCUAUGA